AUGGAAAACAUCUUUCCCGCAGGGAACGUGUUUGUGAUAGCGGCAAUCUUGAUCGAGCGCAACUUGCAGAACGUUGCCAACUAUCUGAUCCUGUCGCUCGCCGUCGCCGACCUGCUCGUCGCGUGCCUCGUCAUGCCGCUAGGUGCUGUUUACGAAGUGCGGCAGCGUUGGACCCUCGGGCCGGAGCUCUGUGAUAUGUGGACAUCGAGCGACGUCCUCUGCUGCACUGCAUCCAUUCUGCACUUAGUUGCUAUAGCCUUGGACAGAUAUUGGGCUGUGACGAACAUCGACUACAUCCAUCAAAGGACAAAGCGUCGUAUAAUGCUGAUGAUCCUGGCCGUGUGGAGCGUGUCCUUCCUGGUGUGCGUGGCACCGAUGCUCGGCUGGAAGGAUCCCGAUUGGCAGCGCAGGAUAUCCGAGGAUUUGAAAUGUCUAAUCAGCCAAGACGUCGGAUAUCAGGUGUUUGCGACGAUAUCAUCGUUUUAUUUGCCGCUUCUAGUGAUACUUAUAUUGUAUUGGAGGAUAUUUCAAACGGCGCGGAAAAGGAUACGACGAAGACAGAUACCUGGUACUACCUGGACUCAUAAACGCGUCAGAAGGAAAUUAGAUAAUAUCGUCGAUGAUGCAUUAUCUCCACGAGAAGAAUUACGAUGUACUGGAUAUAGCGAAGUUUUUUACGGCGGAUUUUUUAUCGCUGUUUUCUACACUUUUCACCUGUAA